AUGCAUGGUGCAGAGUUCGGUGGCCAGUGGGGUCAGGUGUCCGAGUUCUCGCAGUCGUCGUGGACCAACAUGAUCAGCUCUGGUCUCGAUGUGAGUGCUUCUGCGUCUUACUCUGGCGUAGUUUCGGCUGGCGGUAAUCUGUCCUCCGAAGCGGCGCGCAGCGAUGCGGAGAGCUACACGAGCGUCGCAAAAGAGCAGAAUCAUUUCAACAAAGGGGGCACAUAUUCUCAGGACCCUGUUGCCUGGAUGAAUUCGGUAAGAGCAGAGCCGAUGCCGAUCCACUACCAGCUUUGGCCCAUAUCAGACGUCUUGCAGCCCCAGUUCAUGCCUAGCAGCAUCAAUGUGACAGAGCUCGCAGCCAAGAGGCAGGUCCUAGCUCAAGCUCUCACCGAGUACUGCAGCACCGUGGCUGCCGCGGGCUGGAUCUCCUCGUGUGAUCCGCCUGCUCCGGACUUGGUCGUGGUACCAGCCAGCCGCGAAUGGUUGCCUUUUGUUGACAGCCACCGUCCCAACGGACUCUACUACGCUCAGGAGUGCCCCCCCCGUGCAUACAUCCAUGAGAUGGUGUGGACCGAGCAGUACGGUCACGGCCUCGUCGACCUGAAGGCGACCUGCUCCAACAGCUUCACGAAGUCCCUCCGUUGGACCAACAACAACCAGGGCCAUGACGACAGUGCCCUGGUGUGCCCCAGUGGUUUCGGCGGGAUUCAGGCGAAAGAAGGGUGGGGCUAUGGCAUCAUUAAUGUGAGGGCAACUUGCUUGGGAGAGACCACCCCGCAGGAGUCGAACACCAAUUCGAACGGGGGCUGGAAAGACUCACAGGCUUGUCCAGAUGAUGCUCAGGUCCUUGUUGGAUUCGAGGCUCGGUGGAUUUUGGAGGUAUAUGGUUACGGGAUCGUCAACUACCGUCCCAAGUGCUCGAACGGGAAUCUCCCCUCCCGUCGCCUACGGGGCCCAUUGGUUAUUUGA